AUGUUCUUUUCGUUUUUCCACAUUUUAUUUUUAUUUCCUACCAUCACCCCUCCUGUUUCAUUUUAUGCUUAUCUAAUAUCAUCCUUUCAUCCAUCUUACCAUCUUUUUGUCUUUUUCUACCACUCUCCUCCGACGUUACUUAAUUCCGUCUUACUAUUAUUUUCGCUUUUUUCUUUCUUUCUUUUUUCUUAUUUUAUUCUCUUUUUUAUUUCAUGUAUCUAUCAUUAUUUUAUCCCCUCUACUAUUCUCUCUUUUUUUCGUAUUUCUUUUACAUACUUUUUCUUUUUUUUUCUCUUUCCCUUUCUUUCGUUUGCCUUUCUCUUUUCCACCCUCCUUUCAUUUUAUAAUUUCUCUUUCUCUCUCUUCAUCUCUCUUCCCUUCCCUCCCUCUCUCUCUCAUAUAUACAUCCUCAUCUUUUCUACAAUAUUUGAUCUUUGUCGAUUUCUUCUCUCUCCGGCCUCGGGUUUGACCUUUUUUUUCCUCUCUCAUUUAUCCGUCGCCAUUUGCUUCAUUUUUCAAUUGUAUCAUUUUAAUACUUUACAUGUUCUUUAUUUCUUGUUAUUAAAUUUUACUUAUAUUUUCAAUCUAUUUUUGUUUGUUUAUUUUAGUUACCAUUCGUAUCUCAUUAAUUCCUUCUAUUCUCUUUGGAAUUCUUUGCAUCUUUCUUUCUUUCUUUCUUUCUUGAUAUUUCUUUCUUUCUUUCUUUCUUUCUUUCUUUCUUUCUUUCUUGAUAUUUCUUCUCUGCAAUAUUAUAGCCUUCUUUCUUUCUUUCUUGAUAUUUCUUUCUUUCUUUCUUUCAUUUCUUUCUUUCUUUCUUUCUUUCUUGAUAUUUCUUUCUUUCUUUCAUUUCUUUCUUUCUUUCUUUCUUUCUUUCUUGAUAUUUCUUCUCUGCAAUAUUAUAGCCUUCUUUCUUUCUUGAUAUUUCUUUCUUUCUUUCUUUCAUUUCUUUCUUUCUUUCUUUCUUUCUUUCUUUCUUUCUUGAUAUUUCUUCUCUGCAAUAUUAUAGCCUUCUUUCUUUCUUUCUUGAUAUUUCUUUCUUUCUUUCUUUCUUUCUUUCUUGAUAUUUCUUCUCUGCAAUAUUAUAGCCUUCUUUCUUUCUUUCUUGAUAUUUCUUUCUUUCUUUCUUUCAUUUCUUUCUUUCUUUCUUUCUUUCUUGAUAUUUCUUUCUUUCUUUCAUUUCUUUCUUUCUUUCUUUCUUUCUUUCUUGAUAUUUCUUCUCUGCAAUAUUAUAGCCUUCUUUCUUUCUUGAUAUUUCUUUCUUUCUUUCUUUCAUUUCUUUCUUUCUUUCUUUCUUUCUUUCUUUCUUUCUUUCUUGAUAUUUCUUCUCUGCAAUAUUAUAGCCUUCUUUCUUUCUUUCUUGAUAUUUCUUUCUUUCUUUCUUUCUUUCUUUCUUUCUUUCUUUCUUGA